GCUCGUGCUCCCAACGUUACAUUCACAAGAAGGAUUGCGGCUCCUCGGUUCUGAAAGGGAUCCGGUUGACAGAGUAAUGUUCUGCCACACGAAAUUUUAGGAGUACCCGAAUGAAAGAGCCGUGAUUGGAACUGAAAUCGGAACAUUGUUUUGUGGGAGAGCAUUCGUCCCGAGUGGAAAGGAAAUCAGUGCUUGCAUUUUAACUGUACUGUUUGAAGACAGUGCACACACAAGUGUAGACUCGGAUCCACCUCGUAGACACCUUUUUUUGGCGACGCUUUUUCUGCGUUGCAAACCUGUCCUUACCUGCCUGGGUUCUGAUUGCUUGCUCAGUCGUUUCUAGGAACACCCGCUCGCUUUUUUUCUACCGCUGAAACUGCAGUCUGUCUAAGGGAGAGCGGAAUCCGUCGACGUCAUUUAAAGGGAUUAUCGUUGUUUGUAUCUAGCUAGCCAUAACUGUCUCUGACUCCGGUUUGCGUGUCUCUAAUCAAGCGUAUAGUCCAGGAGUUUAUCAAUAGAUUCAUAUCGUUGGACCUACAAAUACAGGAGGCGCCAGAACUCGUCGUAAAGCUUCUCCGAACCCUCAACUACAACCAGAUUUGGACGCGUACAAGUUUCUGCAGCUGACAGGAAAAGGGAACCGAGCAAAAUGCCACUCGCACAACUAGCAGACCCCUGGCCUAAAAUGGAGCUGGUCCAACUGGAGACCGAGAAUGGCCAGAGCACCACGGAGGACGGAGUCACACCUGCAGUCAAGGACAGAUCUCACAUUACCUGGGUAGAGAAGGAUUUUGCCAAAGUAAAACCCAAGGAUGAUGAUGUCAUCAAGGAGAUCAACAUCACGCAUGUGGUCAAGGAGGGUGCGGAAAAAGCCGACGCCUCUCAGUUUGAGCUCCUCAAAGUGCUGGGACAGGGCUCCUUUGGGAAGGUGUUUCUGGUGCGUAAAAUCACCCCUCCCGACAGCAGCCAGCUGUACGCCAUGAAGGUGCUGAGGAAGGCCACGCUGAAAGUGAGAGACCGCGUCAGAACUAAGAUGGAGAGGGAUAUCCUGGCCGAUGUCAAUCACCCGUUUGUCGUCAAGCUCCACUAUGCAUUUCAGACUGAGGGGAAGCUGUACCUCAUUCUGGAUUUCCUCAGAGGAGGGGACCUGUUCACCAGGUUGUCGAAGGAGGUGAUGUUCACAGAGGAAGAUGUGAAAUUCUACCUGGCAGAGCUGGCCUUGGGACUAGACCAUCUACAUGGCCUGGGCAUCAUCUACAGAGACCUCAAACCUGAGAACAUUCUGCUGGAUGAGGAGGGACACAUCAAACUCACAGACUUUGGCCUGUGCAAGGAAGCCAUCGACCACGAGAAGAAGGCCUACUCCUUCUGUGGUACGGUGGAAUACAUGGCUCCUGAGGUGGUGAACCGGCAGGGUCACAUCCACAGCGCCGACUGGUGGUCAUUUGGGGUACUGAUGUUUGAGAUGCUGACCGGGUCAUUGCCAUUCCAAGGGAAGGACCGGAAGGAAACCAUGAACCUCAUCCUCAAGGCCAAACUGGGCAUGCCCCAGUUCCUGAGCACGGAGGCACAGAGUCUCCUUAGAGCCCUCUUUAAGAGGAACCCUGCCAACAGGCUAGCGUCUGGUCCUGACGGGGCAGAGGAGAUCAAGCGGCACUCCUUUUUCUCCACCAUAGACUGGAAUAAACUGUUCCGGAGAGAGAUCAAGCCCCCUUUCAGGCCGGCAGUGGCACGGCCCGACGACACCUUCUACUUCGACUCCGAGUUCACCUCCCGCACCCCGAAAGACUCCCCCGGUGUUCCUCCCAGUGCUGGCGCUCAUCAGCUGUUCCGUGGAUUUAGCUUUGUUGCCACGGCGAUGCUGGAGGAGGAGGGGGUGGAAGAGGUGGUCCAAGCCAAGCCUCACCCUGUGGUGCAGCAGCUUCACGGAAAGAACAUACUCUUCAGCGACGGCUACGUGGUGAAGGAGGACAUCGGCAUGGGUUCGUACUCCGUGUGCAAACGCUGCGUACACAAAAGCACCAACACGGAGUACGCCGUCAAGGUGAUUGACAAGACAAAGACCGACCCGACAGAAGAGAUAGAGAUUCUCCUGAGAUAUGGUCAACACCCCAACAUCAUCACCCUAAAGGACGUGUAUGAUAGCGGGAAGCAGGUGUAUCUGGUGACAGAGCUGAUGAGGGGCGGGGAGCUCCUGGACAGGAUUCUCAAGCAGAAGUCUUUCUCUGAGCGUGAGGCCAGCGCUGUCCUCUACACCAUCACCAAGACUGUGGAGUACCUGCACUCUCAGGGGGUGGUGCACAGGGACCUGAAGCCCAGUAAUCUGUAUGUGGACGAGUCCGGGAACCCCGAGUCCCUGCGGAUCUGCGACUUCGGCUUCGCCAAGCAGCUGCGCGCCGACAACGGGCUGCUCAUGACGCCCUGCUACACCGCCAACUUCGUGGCCCCCGAGGUACUGAAGAGGCAGGGGUAUGAUGAGGGCUGUGACAUCUGGAGUUUGGGGGUCCUGCUCUACACCAUGCUGGCUGGAUUCACGCCAUUCGCCAACGGCCCCGAGGACACGCCCGACGACAUCCUCAGCCGAAUCGGGAGCGGCCGCUUCACGCUGAAGGGCGGGAACUGGGACACCAUCUCGGACAGCGCCAAGGAGCUGGUGUCGAAGAUGCUGCACGUCGACCCUCACCAGCGGCUGACCGCCAUGCAGGUGCUGAAGCACCCCUGGAUCGUCCACCGCGACAAGCUGCCCAACAGCCAGCUCCAGCACCAGGACCCCAAGCUCGUCAAGGGGGCGAUGGCGGCCACGUACUCGGCGCUGAAGAGCUCGGUGCCCACGCCGCACCUGAAGCCCAUCGAGUCGUCCAUCCUGGCCCAGCGGCGGGUGAAGAAGCUGCCCUCCACCUCCCUGUAGAGCGACGCAGAAACCGCCAGACCCGCGCCGUCCGGGCCAGCGUUGCCAUUGGCUCCCUCCUCUGACCGGAGCGCCGCGGGCAGCCAAUCACAGUGGGCCGAGAUCAAGACGUGACUUUGGGGGGGUGGGGGUGGGGAUGGGGUGAGGUAGGGGCGGGGGAGCAUCCACGAUUGCAGAACUUUUUCGACUAGAGGUGUGUGUGUGUAUGUGUUUACGUGCGUGCGUGCGUGCGUGUACGUGUGUGUGUGUUCGGCUGCAUUUGUAUGGCUGCGUGUGUCUGCAUGCGUGUGUGCGGUACAUGCACGCGUGUUUGCGUGCGUAUUAGACAGAGACUGCCCGCGACAGUAAAAGUAAUUAAAAGAAUACAUUUAGAAUGUCUGGCAUGGGCAUUCUACUCUCCGCACUGGGGGACAGUGCGUUUGGCAUUGUUAAUAUCUGCUUCUUUAACGAGACUGCAAUAUUUUGUCGUUUGAAAGCCAGCUGCACGUCUGUGUGUUUUAGUAUCUCCCCCCCCCCCCCUUUUCAAAUUGAUCAGCUUUAAGUGUUUGUACCGCUAACUUUAGGUUCACUUGCACCUGCUCCUAACCUAUGGGGGGGUAUGUCCGUUUAUUGCAUCAUGGCUAUCUCCUCGCUGUUUGGUUGCCAGGGAAACCAGCGUCCUCCAGGUAGCCUUGGCGGGGGAAUACGUGCACGGCGGACAUCGUUAUCGAAUCUCCUUUUUACGGAGCUGUCGGGCGAACUCGUUCAGCUUUUUUGGUUCUUCGGAGAGGAAGCGGUCACUGUUGCAUGAUGGGAAACUGAGUCUUAAGAAAGGGAAGACGUGUUGAAGACUUGAUUUGUGCGUAGUACAUCUUUACUUUAUGUUCACCCUCUGUUGCUAUUCUCACAAUGCUGGCUCUCACAAUUGACGGUUUAAAACGUGUUCAGUAUUUUUGAUGUAAAAAAAAGAAAAAAAAAAGAAAGACAAACAGAAAAAAUAAAAAGUAAAUAUAUAUAUAUGUAUAUGCUAGAAAGACCUGACCUUGAGUCGUGCGUUGGAGAUUUCUUUUGGAAAUUUUGCGUUUGCAUUUAACGUUGUUGAAUUUCGUUGCUUUUUGUUUCUUGUCUCGUUCUUGUUCUGUUUUUUUAUUUUUUUGUUUUCUUAUGCAUGUAAUGCAUCGAUAGAAUGCUUAUCUGUAACAGCAGACAGGAUAAUCAUAGUGAAAUAAUGGUGGGGUUUUUGUUUUUUUGGGUGUUUUUUUGUCUCUUACACUUUUCUGUGUGUCAAUGUCAAGUAGUGUGGGAGCUGGCUGAUUGUAACCUCAAAUGCACUCCUAAUCAUCUGUAAAAAUAAAAUAAAAAACAAAAAGAAAUUUAUUUAAAAAAAAGAAAAGAAAAAAAAGAUUUUUCAGUACCUUAAA